UUUUGGAUCUCUCUUUAUUUUUUCAUACAUUUUAUUUUUCCAACCUGUGACAACCUCUUUUUUUAUUUUGGGGAAAUUUUGACGUCAAGGGAAAAAAACACCUCUACUUCGCCUCUCCUUUCCCUUCUUCUUUAUGAAAGCUGUAGGGGGCACUUUCUCCGGCGUCCCUGUUACCACUUCGUCAUCGCAGAAGAUGCCGAAACCUUCCUCCAAUCGGUUUUUUGUGUUCCAUUACAUUCUUGUACUCUACCGCUGGAUUUGCAGCAUGUUUCAGAGUAACUCCGGGCCCAUGAAGCUUACGCAUGUUAUAGACGAACAGCCCGAUGUCAAGCACGAUGAGGCUAAGACUACGGGUAUUAAACCAGAUGCACAAGAUUACGAUACCUCAUUACGACAUCGAAUGGGAUCCGCAAUGUCAUUUAAUGACCCUCCAUUAGCUCGCUCCAUACCUCGAACCAUAUCAUUAUCAUCCAUACCUCAGAACUUUAACACCUCUUCUACACAAAUACACAAGUCUGCUAGCAAGCAACGAGGUUUAUCGCGGUUAGCCGAUGAGACCUUAUCCCCACCACCAUCAUUAUCCCCACCACCCUCUCCUCCUACUACUAGACAAGCCGCACCUUCACCAAAGGGAGAACGAGCAUCGACCCCUUCGAUACCACACCCACUGCCGCUAUCCUAUUAUCGGUCCAAAACCCUAGUGCUGGAUUUGGACGAAACAUUAAUACACUCAACAUCAAGAGGAAAUGGCGUACCUGGUGCUUCAGGGAGAGCUCAUGUUAUUGAGGUGGUGGUGGACAAGCAUGCUUGUUUGUACUAUGUAUACAAACGACCGCAUGUUGAUUAUUUUUUACGAAAGGUGUCUGAGUGGUACAAAGUGGUGGUCUUUACGGCGUCCAUGUCAGAAUACGCCGACCCUGUAAUUGACUGGCUGGACCAGGAAAACCGUUUGAUAUCCAAGCGAUAUUUUCGGCAAUCAUGUACUUUAAGAGGUGGUAAUUACCUGAAAGACCUUACUUUAGUGGAACCAGAUUUGGCCAAGGUUUGCAUAGUAGAUAAUUCCCCCAUGGCCUAUAUCUUGAACUCCGAAAACGGCAUACCAAUAGAAGGUUGGAUCAGUGAAGCUGGAGACGAAGCGUUGUUGUACCUCCUUCCCUUCCUUGACGCUCUUCGCUUCACCGAGGAUGUACGAAGUGUUUUACGGCUACGAGGUGGCAUCUCCACUCGAAGUUUCUGACUGCUUCUGCUUGGUGACUGCUUCUCAUGUUCUGCUGGGUAUAUAAGGGCUGAUGUUGCCGGCAGAAAUUUUUUCUCUUGUACCAAAAUUCGUGGAA